UGAGAAUCACAUGAUAGUGCUUUAGAGAAGCGGGCAGGACGUUGAUGAUGUUGCUUCCUCCUGUUAACCAGAUGACCAUAACAGACAAAAUAGCAAUAGCAUUAUACAAAUGAGUGAUAAGUUAGUUAUAGGUUUAGUCCUCGCGGGAAGGCAGCGGACAUGGCUGCCGGUGUCUUACUCUUUGUUGCUGUGAAUCUCGCCUGUUUGACUGUCAGUGGAAACUUGGCCUCUGGAGAAAGAUCAUUCUCUAUAGACUACAAAAACAACUAUUUCCUCAAAGAUGGGAAGCCUUUUCAGUACAUCUCAGGCAGUAUUCACUACUCCAGAAUCCCACGGUACUACUGGAAGGACCGGCUCGUGAAGAUGUACAUGACUGGACUCAAUGCUAUCCAAGUAUAUGUGCCCUGGAACUUCCAUGAGGCAGUGCAGGGGAUCCACAGCUUCACAGGGGACCGAGAUCUGGAGCAUUUUUUGGAUCUGGCAAAUCAGACAGGCCUUCUGGUCAUCCUGCGUCCCGGACCGUACAUCUGUGCAGAGUGGGAAAUGGGUGGAUUGCCUGCGUGGCUACUUCAGAAACCCAACAUCAUACUUCGCUCAGCUGACGCAGAUUAUGUUGAGGCCGUCAGCAAUUGGCUUGCUGUUCUUCUGCCCAAAAUGAAGCCAUGGCUUUAUAUCAACGGGGGCAACAUCAUUACUGUCCAGGUGGAGAAUGAAUAUGGAAGUUACUUUGCUUGCGACUACAACUACAUGCGUCACCUGCGGACUCUGUUUCGCUUCUUUCUUGGUGAAGAAACAGUCCUGUUUACCACUGAUGGAAACACAGACAAGGAAAUGACAUGCGGGACUCUGGAAGGAUUAUAUGCCACAAUAGACUUUGGCACAGACACCAACAUAACUAACGCCUUUAACCGGCAAAGAAGGUUUGAACCUCGAGGGCCCCUGGUGAAUUCAGAGUUCUACACUGGCUGGUUGGACCACUGGGGAGAUCCACAUGCUGUGGUUAAUGCUCAGAAGGUCAGCAGAGUGCUAGGAGAAAUGCUAGCUAUGGGGGCCAACGUCAACAUGUACAUGUUUGAAGGAGGCACUAACUUUGGCUACUGGAAUGGUGCUGAUCAUGACACAAAGUUCCGCUCAGUGGUGACUAGUUAUGAUUACGAUGCCCCACUCUCCGAAGCAGGAGACCCCACAGAGAAGCUGUUGGCCAUCAGAGAUGUCAUUAAGCAGUUCAGGGAUAUUCCCUCUGGCCCUAUGCCACCAGCAACUCCUAAGUUUGCCUAUGGCUUUGUGACCCUGGAAAAGGUUGGCAACAUCAGCAGUCUAUUGAACACCCUCUCACCCGUCGGGCCAGUGAAAUCCCAGUAUCCUCUGACAUUUGAAGAGAUGAAACAGUUCUAUGGAUACAUGCUUUACCGGACCACGCUGCCCCGGGACCUCUCGGAGCCUACACCACUUAUUUCUCCACUCAAUGGGGUUCAUGACCGUGCAUAUGUAUCUGUCAAUGGGGUUUUCCAGGGUCUUUUGGAGAGAGACACUAUGCUGGUGAUCAACGUCACUGGACAGCAGGGGGACACUGUGGACAUCCUCGUUGAGAACAUGGGCAGGGUAAACUUUGGCAGCAAGAUCAAUGACUACAAGGGCCUUUUGAACAACCUGAUCCUGGGUAAAGAUGUGCUGACUGACUGGAAGAUCUACCCUUUGGACAUCGAUGGAGCCAUUGCUGCUGGAUGGCCUCAUACAGACAGUCAAAAGUCAUUCCCCGCCCCUCAGAAAGACCCUUCAGUUGGGCCAGUUUUCUACAUGGGAACUUUACAGCCCAACGGCCUUGCCUGGGACACCUUUCUCAAACUCAAUGAAUGGACAAAGGGUCAGGUUUGGAUUAAUGGUGUUAAUCUGGGACGAUACUGGCCAGCAAGGGGCCCUCAAUUGACUCUCUAUAUCCCUGGACCCCUACUCAGCACCACCCUGCCCAACAACAUCACAGUGCUGGAGCUGGAGGGGGCCCCAGCACACCUACGGGUUCUCUUCAUGGACCGGCCUCAGCUUAAUGUCAAAAAGUCUUAACAGAGCACUUAGUUUAGUGCCACAACAUUUUCUAAACAUUUAGCUGUAAAAUUAUACAUCCCCAAAUCUGUAUGAAGAAGUUUGACUGAAGCAGAGUCUUCUGAACAGUUCACUUCACGAAAUUUGCUCCAUGCUUUUUUCCGCAUUAUUUUGGUGGUAUUCUUUUUACAGUGUCUAAUCAGCUGUAUCAUUUGUAGCCAAUUCUUUAUCAUCCCAAUCCAAAACUGCUUCAAAACAGCAGCUUCAGGUAAACAGUGAUUCAUCGAGGAGUUUGUUUCACUGACGCCGGUGGCAGAAAGGACAGUGAUAUAUAAACCGUAGUACAGCUUUUUACUGCAUUUUCUUUUCGUUUUUUACAUAGAAUGAAUAGUGAAUAAAUUAUACAUUUAUUGCGUAAUGUUUUCAUACAGUAUAUGCAUCCAGUUAUCUGAUAUCAUCUGCCAUAAUAAAUGUUAAAAAUGUCAUUUUAGAGUUCAAAAUGAAACUGGCACACUGACAAGCCAUAUUCUUCUUCUUUCAAGGCUGCACAAGUGGCUUCCUUUCAACUGAAAUGUUUCAAAUGGGUGUUCUAUACAUGAGAGUUAGGUCUUGCCUGGAAGAGUGUUGGCUUUUCGAUGUGCCUGGACACAGCGAGGGGUGCAGAAGGAAUACUCUAGAUACUGAAAUGGGAUCUUCCCAAGCAGAGACUCUCCGCACAACCAGCACCUCCUGGAGAGAGA